AAGAAAUGUUUGAAGUCCACUAGUUGAAAAGUUUAUACACCAUUGGUUCAGACUUUUUUUUACCAUUACUGUUUCCACCUUGUAGGUAACUGAUUGGUAAAGGACAGGGCGUACCAUAUCCUGGACAGAUUAUCUAUUAAAAUUCCUGGGUCAAAUCCAUAUGAAUUCCAAGUCAUCAGAGCAGCAGACUGAUGCUUUUACUGCCUUGGCCAUUCAGCCAAUUAUAGUUGAUCAGUCCUGGCCUACAACGUCCUAAAUAUAUGGCCCCAGAGUUUGGGUGAUUUUAUAUUGGGCCCAAGCAAAAUUUGAUAUGCAGCAAGCUCUACAAGCACUUGAAUGGAUAAAAAAUGUUACAAAUUUAGAUAUUGAACCUCCUAAUCCAGAAAAAGGAUUUAAAGAUCAACUUGAUUUUGCAGACUGUUUGAAAGAUGGAAUUGUUCUGUGCACGUUAAUAAAUAAAUUAAUGCCAGGAGCUGUAUCAAAAAUAAACACAAUGAAAGCCCCAUUUAAGCAGAGAGAGAAUUUAGAAAUGUUCUUAAAAGGUUGUAUCAAAUAUGGUUUAAAGUCUCAUGAUUUAUUUCAAGUGAAUGAUUUAUAUGAAAGAAAAAAUCUGUAUAUGGUCGUUAACUGUUUGUUUGCUCUUGGAGGCUUGGCUCAAAAGAAUGGAUAUAACGGCCCAACAAUUGGUGUAAAAGUGUCAGAUGAGAAUAGAAGAAGUUUUGAUAAACAAACAUUGGAACUUGGAAAGACAAUUAUUAGUCUUCAAUCAGGAAGUAACAAAGGUGCAUCUCAGGCAGGAAUGACUCCUUAUGGUGCAGGAAGACAAAUCAUCCCAGAUAGCAGAUGAAAGUAUUUCACAAAGCAAAAAUAAAUUUUCAGUUUAUAAAAUUCAUAAUGUGUACAAGAUUAUCAUACAUACUCUGCAUCAACAGUGAAGAAACUUCAUUUUGUAAAAAGAAAUUUGCUUUAACUUAUUUUGAAUCAAUUCCUAUACCACUUUCAGUUAUCAGGUUGUGCCAUGUAAAGUGGUGGUUGCCAUAAAUUUUUCUUAACUAACAGAGGUAGCUAUUAUUUUGCUUUUGGAAUAUCACUAUUUUUUAUGACAUUUUAUUGUUGCCAAAUUGUUAAUUUUGUACUAUUUUCCUUAGUGAAGUGCCUUAAUCAAUUUAGCUCUUAGGAAGCCUUGCAAAAAAUACAUAAAUAUAUUAUAUAUAUAUACAAUACAGUUAAAUGUAUUGGUUAAAAAUGGUAAAUAAAUUUUAUCCAUUUAUAAUUUUUACAUUUGAUGUUGUCAGUGUAUGAAUGAAAUUCAGUUCAAAUACAGUAUUAAUUUAUUAUUAACAAUGAUUUUAAAUAGCAUUAAUUGAUGAUUUUAAAAACUGAUUUCUGUAAUAACAAGUGUUUUGAGACUGUAAUAAGAUUAAGUAUUGAAAUGAUUAUCUGGAAAAAAUAGAGAAAAACAAUGUUAGUGUUCUGGUGGCACUGACCUAGAGAUAAAAAUAAAAUGAUGCUGCUUUUA